AUGCACUCUAAAAGUAAAAAGCCGGUGCUCCGAGAUGAGUUCCGUGUAACGCCGAGCGACACCCGAGUGGCCGCUGGCGAGACAGCCUUGCUCCAGUGCGGGGCCCCCAGGGGCCACCCCGAGCCCGCUCUCGGCUGGAAGAAGGACGGUGUCCCUCUGGACAUCGACGGGAGGCGAAUCAGGAUCGUAGACGGGGGAAGUUUGGCCAUCAGCGAUGUCCGCAGGAGGGAUGAAGGACGAUACCAGUGUGUGGCUCACAAUUUGGUCGGACACAGGGAAACGCCGCCUGCUAGACUGACUGUACAUGCGCCACCUACGUUCAUCGAGCGACCUCGCGAUCAAAAAGUCAGCCUCAACGGAGUGGUGGAGUUCCACUGCUCGGCAACCGGGAAUCCACCGCCUUCGAUCUUCUGGAGCAAAGAGGGUUCCCAGGUGUUGAUGUUUUCCGACAAUUCCAACGGUCAUAUCCACGUGAAUGCGCAUGGGACGCUGCGGAUCCAAGGCGUCCAGAGGGAAGAUGCAGGAUGGUUGGUGUGUAACGCCCUUAGCGUCGCUGGGUCGAAUAGUGCUAGGGCGUAUUUGCAAGUAACUUCAGUUGCUGAUCUACCGCCCCCGAUAAUCCAAAUCGGUCCAGCCAAUCAAACGCUGCCUCUACACAGUGUUGCCACACUGCACUGUAAAGCUUCUAGUCCUGAAGGAGCACCGCCGAAGAUCAAGUGGUUGAAGGAAAGCAAAGUUUUACAGAAAAAUAAUCUACAAAAUCGGUAUAGCAUCAGCGAUGAAGGGAAUUUAGACAUUGAUGAUCUGCGCCUGGCGGAUUCAGGUCUCUACACAUGUUCGGCAACAUCAGAAAGCGGUGAAAGCUCUUGGUCGGCCUCCUUAAACGUUGUAGAGGGCGCUGCAGUACCAUACCAUCGUAGCCCCGACCCCUCCACCUUCCCUAAGGCUCCGGCUACACCAAGAGUAUACAGUAGAAUACUGGAGUCCAGACCUGCAGACCGGUUGGAUGUUGAAGCAAAAAGCUAUAUUGUAACAAACUUAAAGAAGUUCACAAAGUACGAGUUUUUCAUAUCACCAUUUUAUAAAUCAGUCGAGGGCCAACCAUCAAACUCGAGAAUCACUCAGACUCUCGAGGACAUUCCUUCUGCUCCUCCAGAUGGAGUAACAGCGGGAAUCUUUAACGACACAUCUGGAUGGGUCCGAUGGUCUCCACCGCCUCCCCAACAUUGCAAUGGUAUUAUCAUCGGUUACAGGGUACAAAUCAAAGGAAGCAUUAUGACUUCCAUGACAUUAAAUGCCACCACCACCUCUAUAAAAAUCAGUAACCUCACUGCAGGAGGAUCUUACAGUGCAAGAGUAGCUGCAUUGACCUCCGUAGGGCUAGGUCCGUAUUCAAAUCUGGUGCCUUUGUUGGCAAGUCCUAGAGCUCAAAGUCCUAGGACAUUAGGACCUUUUGUUCCUCUUGUACGGCAGACGUGGUUUGUGAUUCUUCUGGCAGUACUUGUACUGCUGUUACUUGCAGGAACUGGUGGUUUGCUAUACUUGAAGAGGAGGCAGUCUAUGAGUAAACAACUAGGCCACUUAAAUGUUCCUGUGGUGAAUGCUUCCGAGCUGAACGCAAAGGAAAGCUUAUGGAUUGACAGGGGGUGGAAAGCAACUGACUGUGAUAAGGACUCCUCCAUCCCUCUAGCUCAACCAGCUGAUUACGCUGAAGUUGAUACUAAGAGCCUGUCGACGUUUUACAACUGUAAAAAGCAAUUGGAGAGUCCUACACCAUACGCCACCACAAUGCUUCUACCCCCUCCGAAUUGGGCGGAGAUUAUUCCACCUCCCCCAGACCAUCCUCCUCCAGACUGUCCCAGAGAAAACCCUCCAGUACCACCACCAAGAGGUGGCGGAGGCAGUACCUGUGGAAGUGAUUUUGAAAAGCAUUUGAGUUUUGAUUUUUUGUAA